GUUUAAAAGGACUAAUCAUGCUACGUCAAGAUUUAAUAUCGACUAUAACGAAGGCUAUAAAUCAAAUGGAUUUAGCUGGGUUUGAAGGACUGAUUAUGCUGCGUCACAAUUUGAUCGGCGCCAUUACGGAGGCAAUAGAGAAUAUCGGGCGACCAAAUAUGGCAAGGAACAAGAGAAAAUGUCGUGGUGGUGCAGAUGGUAGCAAUUUCUCCAUGAAGAAAGCGAAAACAGCUGCAAGGGCUUCUGAUAAGGCGGAGACCUUCGGCUUGAGCUUCUCAGAUCGCAGAAUUGAAGGCGAAGCCGGAAGACGGCGCCAGGCCGGUUCGCCAGGCGGGGGAGGCAAGCGCGGACGCAGGUGGGAGCCCAGCCAGCGCAGCCGGCCGAGCACAGGGCUCCGGCAGCGCAUCCGCCCCUCGGCCCGAACCCAGCGCCGCCAGCAGCAGCAGCAACGGCGUAAGCUCGAGCAGCAGCAACAGCGCGCAGAGCGCCGAGUUAUUAGUAAUUAUUUAAUUGCAUUAAUAUUUUUACAAUGUUUAAAUACUAAAGUUAUUGUUAUAUUA